AUGCUACUGAGUCAACCAUGGCGAGUGGGCCUGACAGCCGUCGGCAUCGGCUUCAACGCGUACACCAUCCUCGUUCACACCACCUACGGCUUCACAUCUGUCCUGCCCAUGCUCCGCACGCAUAAGAGCAAACUCUACGACAUCAUCGGCAUCUGCUUCCAGCAUCUUAUGAUCCUCCCCACGAUCGGCAUAAUACUGCAGCUGAAGUGGUUCCACCACGGGAUCGAAGGUCCGUUCGAAAAGCCACUUUUCUACACCUACUUGUUGGGCAACUUGGCGUGCGGAGCGUGGUAUGGUUCGAUGGGCGUGGUGAAUCCGUUGCUAUGCACGGUAUUUGCGCCUUUGGCGUCUUUGCUUUGUGUUCUUUGA